GAAAUGUGCAGUACCACCAAACAGUCUUCCAUGGAAUUCCCAUUCUAGUAUGUUUCUGCCUUUAUUAAUGAGAGACGAAGAAGAAAAACAUGGGAAUCAACUCUUAAACUUUACUAUUAUCAUCGGGUUGAAUCAGAACUACUAUUAGAGUCAUCAUGUCGACUCAUGAUUUGGAGAAGCCGUUGCUUGGACCGGAGAGUUUCAACAGAGAUGCAAUUGAUCUGGAGCGAUUGCCGCUGGAAGAAGUUUUUGGAGAAUUGAGAACGUCGCGCGGUGGACUUUCAUCGCAGGAUGCCGAGGCUCGAGUCAUCAUUUUUGGGGCUAACAAGCUUGAAGAGAAUCCGGAGAACAAGUUUUUGAAAUUUCUUAGUUUUAUGUGGAAUCCAUUGUCAUGGGUCAUGGAAGCUGCAGCUGUCAUGGCAAUUGUCCUUGCUAAUGGCGGGGGAGAAGGUCCUGACUGGCAAGACUUCGUGGGAAUCAUCAGCCUGUUGAUCAUCAAUUCCACAAUUAGCUUUAUCGAGGAAAAUAAUGCAGGGAAUGCUGCCGCAGCACUUAUGGCCCGAUUGGCUCCAAAAUCCAAGGUACUCAGAGAUGGGCGGUGGCAAGAGCUAGAUGCUUCAGUUUUAGUACCAGGAGAUAUAAUUAGUAUCAAGCUCGGCGAUAUCAUCCCUGCAGAUGCUCGUCUUCUUGAAGGAGACCCCUUAAAAAUUGACCAGUCUGCACUUACCGGGGAAUCUCUCCCUGUAACAAAGAAGGCAGGAGAUGAAGUUUAUUCUGGUUCUACAUGUAAACAAGGAGAGAUUGAAGCUGUUGUCAUAGCUACAGGACGUUACUCAUUUCUCGGAAAGGCGGCUUAUUUGGUCGACUCCACCGAUGUUGUUGGCCAUUUCCAGAAGGUUCUUACUUCCAUUGGGAAUUUCUGCAUUUGCUCGAUAGCGGUGGGACUGAUCAUUGAGAUCAUCGUUAUGUUUCCUAUCCAGCAUCGACCGUACCGAACCGGAAUCAACAACCUUCUUGUUCUCUUAAUUGGAGGGAUACCCAUAGCUAUGCCCACCGUGUUAUCCGUUACGCUUGCAAUUGGCUCUCAUCGCCUCUCACAACAGGGUGCUAUUACAAAACGGAUGACUGCGAUAGAAGAAAUGGCAGGAAUGGAUGUCCUCUGCAGUGACAAAACUGGAACCCUGACAUUGAAUCGCCUCACGGUCGAUCGAAGCCUUAUUGAGGUUUUUAACAAAAACAUGGACAAAGACACUGUUGUGUUGCUUGCAGCUAGAGCCUCAAGACUUGAAAAUCAGGACGCCAUCGACACGGCCAUUGUUAACAUGCUUGCUGAUCCGAAGGAGGCACGCGAAAACAUCACACCAGUUCAUUUUCUACCCUUCAAUCCUGUAGAAAAGCGGACUGCAAUUACAUACAUCGAUGCCGAGGGAAACUGGCAUAGGGCUAGUAAAGGAGCUCCAGAACAGAUUCUCAACUUGUGCGAAGAAAAAGAACAGAUAGCUGGGAAAGUACAUGCCAUCAUUGACAAGUUUGCUGAAAGGGGAUUGCGGUCUCUUGGGGUUGCUUGUCAGGAAGUUCCAGAGAAAUCUGAAGCUAGUCCAGGAGGUCCAUGGACAUUUUGUGGGUUGUUACCAUUAUUUGAUCCACCUAGACAUGACAGUGCAGAGACCAUUCGGAGAGCACUUCACCUUGGGGUUUGUGUCAAGAUGAUUACAGGUGACCAGUUGGCAAUUGCAAAAGAGACAGGUCGGCGUCUUGGAAUGGGGACAAAUAUGUAUCCUUCUUCUGCAUUGCUCGACCGUAACAGAGAUGACCAUGAAGCUCUUCCUGUGGAUGAACUCGUUGAACAAGCAGAUGGUUUCGCUGGUGUAUUCCCCGAACACAAGUAUGAAAUUGUGAAAAUGCUACAAGAGAAGAAGCACAUAUGUGGAAUGACCGGGGACGGGGUGAACGAUGCGCCUGCUCUGAAGAAGGCAGAUAUUGGUAUUGCAGUGUCAGAUUCUACAGAUGCUGCCAGAAGUGCUGCUGACAUAGUUCUAACAGAACCUGGAUUAAGCGUCAUUAUCCAUGCCGUCCUGACAAGCCGUUCCAUUUUCCAAAGAAUGAAAAAUUAUACGAUUUACGCGGUUUCGAUAACCAUCAGGAUUGUGCUUGGUUUUGUGCUUCUUACAUUGAUCUGGAAAUAUGAUUUCCCACCAUUCAUGGUUCUGGUUAUUGCUAUACUCAACGAUGGUACCAUUAUGACGAUAUCCAAAGACCGUGUGAAGCCAUCUCCCAAACCGGACAACUGGAAACUGAAUGAGAUAUUCGCAACUGGCAUUGUCAUAGGGACUUAUCUUGCAUUAGUUACCGUCUUAUUUUACUGGAUAGUGACCGCGACAACUUUCAUUCAGACCCACUUCCAUUUGAGGACUCUAAGCUUAACUAACGGGGAGGUAUCAUCUGCGGUAUAUCUACAUGUCAGCGUCAUCAGCCAAGCUCUAAUAUUUGUGACUCGCAGUCAAAGCUGGUCGUUUGUCGAAAGGCCAGGAAUUCUAUUGAUGUGUGCAUUUGUAGUGGCACAAUUGGUUGCUACCGUGAUAGCAGUCUAUGCAAAUGUCAGCUUCGCAUCAAUCCAUGGCAUUGGAUGGGGUUGGGCUGGCGCAAUAUGGCUCUACAGCUUGGUCUUCUACGUGCCACUCGACAUAAUAAAAUUUGCUGUUCGUUAUGCUCUCAGCGGCGCAGCCUGGAAUCUGGUGUUUGAUAGAAAGACGGCUUUCACUUCUAAGAAAGAUUACGGGAAGGAAGAUAGAGAAGCAAAGUGGGUUCUUUCUCAAAGAUUACUAGAAGGGAUAAUCUCCACUGAUUUAGACACAACUGGAUGGAGGUCUUCAAUGCUCGUUGAAAAGGCUAGAAGGCGCGCGGAAAUAGCCAGGAUGGGAGAGUUGCACACUAUAAGUGCACACACGGAAUCAGCACUAGAACCUAGAUAAGCCUAGAUCAGCAUCCCUACUUGCAGCAUGGUGUUACGUUACACAUUCACAUAAAAUAUUUACCCUUUAUUUCCCCUGGCGUCCUCGUUUUAUAGCAAAAGCAGCAUUAGAUUCUUUACAUGUACACCAUUUCUACAUCGUCACCAUUACUAGUCAAGCAAUUUUGUUUAAGAGGAGACUCCCACUGUUGCAAGCAUCAUUACUUGUCCUGUUAACGUAUGCGCUUAUCUGUAAUGUUGACAAUCUGAUCAUUUGUGAUAAACAGAAUAUUUCCGACCCAUCAUAAUAAUAAGGUACAACAUUCCAUUGAUGCUCGAGGAAGACUGAAAUAAGACAACAGACAAAACUCAACAUUGUGUAUAAUAUGAAAGCCAAUCCACAGCAAGGGCAUUACAAGUUUUAUUCUUCAUUUAGGAUUACAACAGACGCACAAGUUUUAUUCUCUUGAAGCUUUAGCUUCAAUCACCACCGAUUUGUACCGUGACCGGAAGGAAGAAGAACUCAUGUAGCUUUGUUUUUAAACAU